CAGCUACUGCGCUCUGACCGGGUGCUAGAGGCCUCUAACGUAGUUUUCACGUGUUCGGGAUGGACACGUCCGGUGCUGUGUUCUCUCCGACAGUUCCAUCUUCUGUGGAUGUUGUGCAAUGUGCAGAUUGCAGUGCGGAUGAUCCUCAGUGGGCUUCAAUCAAUCGCGGUGUCCUCAUAUGCUCGGAUUGUUGCUCGGUUCACAGGAAUUUAGGCAGGCAAUACUCGCAAGUACGUUCACUCAAUCGUGGAAUGUGGGACACACCGCAGUUGGAGCUUGUGAAACUGCUACACAAAACUGGUUCCAAUCGCGUAUGGGAGCAUGCCAUGCUUGAUCCAGCUUCCUCCUCAAAAUACAAAAGAAAACCUUUGCCCCAUGAUCCCAUCCUGCCGACGAAGGAGGCGUUCAUCAAAGCUAAAUAUGUUGAUCAUGCGUUUAUUCGCAAGCCAGGAAAGGACGAUGAACCAUGGAGUCUGGAUGACGUGAAUAAACAGCUGUGGUCUUGCGUUCGCACCGCUCAUGUUGACACAACUUUAAGAUUGUUAGCUAUGGGAGCAGAUGUCCAUUACGUCGAUCCAGAAAAAGGGAAUAGUUCGUUGCACGUUGCUGCGAAGGAAGGACAGAGCAUGCAGGUAGAGUUGCUGUACAUCUAUGGUGCAGAUACGCUACUGUGCAAUGCAGCCGGCUUGACUCCUGCUCAGUUAGCUCGCCAGGAUGGAUUCCAUGACAUAGCAAGUCGGCUAGAUGAAUUGUCCUUUGAUCUUACCAAUCGGCUCUCUUUAUUUCUUUGUGGUCGCAAACCUGACCACCAGCACCAGCAACACUUCCUCAUUCCCGAGCUUACCGCCAAGAAUGCUGUGGAGACAUUGCGGUCAGUUAGAAUGAAAAUUCAGGCUUUACCAGACUGUGCUUUUGAGAAACUUCUCCAGGAUGUCUACGACGAGGUGGACCGUCGAGAAACACAAGCAGCAUGGAUCGCGUUGAAUCAAGGGAAAAUAACAACAGGCACCGAGCAGUGCGUGGCCGUUUUUUUACCAUUGAAUCCUGCCUUCUCAGCCACACGGAAUCAACUGCGACAAAAACUGGCGAAGUACGAUGUUCGGGAAUUUGCGACCCUCAUAAUUGAUGUAUUGAAGGAAGCAAAACGUCGCUACUUCGGUCGACCUCCCGAAGAUCCUCAAGACUCAGACUCCGGUAAUCUACACAACUUUUCAAGUAAUACAAGAAUGGAUUCGAGUGAGCUCAACAAUAGAGAUUAUGACGAUGUUGCUGACUUUCCAGGCAGGCUGGGCGAGAUGCGCUCCAGUGGUACGACAAGAAGAUCAUCUGGAAAUAAAACGCGCUCGACUUCUUCAAUAGAUGCGGCCUUAGAUGGGCGUGUUUCAAUGGACGACGUACUCGAACUGAAGGAACGAAUGACUGAGAAUGAAAACAAGCUAAAUGCAGUUUCUCACACCAAUACUCAGAUUAUGAAAAUACUUACCAGUUUACAGAAUUCUAUGGAACACAUGCGAGUUGAGAACAGUUGUCUCAAGGAUGAAAUUGUUCGACUGUCUGAACAAGCCGCACUAGCUAGACGCUUGCCCUCACCGGCUUCCCUAUCUCACAACCAUAUAUCUGAAAGGGCACACUCUGUUGGUUUGGAAAGGAGCGAACGCAUUGGUCGACCACCACUAGAGGAGAGAAUUACAAAAAGACAUGGAAGCAUGAGCGGGUCUACGCCCGGAUACUCGCGAAUGGUUCCCAGCGGGAGGUUGAGUGCGGAAACUCACAGAGAGCGAGAUGAACCUCGGGAUUCAUCUCGGGAAAAGCGGUUACGUGAACGGAAUGCGGAUUCCAGUGAUUACGCUACUAUAGCACCAGCCCCUCAAGUAGUAGCAUCUAAGGUGCAAGAAGCUUUCAGUGAAUCUGUGUUUCCCGACAACUUGAUUCGCGAGACAGAAAAUCUAACCGUGGCGAUCCGAGCUUUGCUCACAGAUGCGCAACACAAACAACUCCUUGGACGCUCCAGUGAUCAUGCCCACAAGAUUGCCACCCUCAUCAAUCACAUAAUAUGUUUGAUUCCACGAGAUCAGCGCAUGGGCAAGACGGAGCAAGCAGUGACGGGUCUCAUGGAUGCUACUAUGCGGCCUGUCCACCACUGUGCCGUCUCCCCCUGUUCUAAAGAACUAGACAUUGAGGAUAUGUUUGGAUACCUCCUCGUAUCAAAUAGGAACGAUGUCGUGUUUUUCGGAGGAAACGAGGAGUUCAACGACUAUCUUCGUCGGCGCCUUCGCCCAGAAAUUUUUUUUUCCUCGAACACUCCGUCGACCUCUAGCGGAGUCUACACGAGUUCCUCCACCGAAUCCCUGUCGUCUAAUGAAAGUCCAAAAGGGAAAAUGUUGCGUGAUGCGAAAACUUACAUACCGCUCACAAAACAAGAAGUUACACAUCUUUUUCUGCCCAUCAUAUCUGCAUACCGAUCAAAGAAAGUUGUUCACUCCGAUGAUUUAAUCUCCAUGAUCACUGACGAAAUCGUUGUACUCUUCAAACCGCUCAGAUGCAGCUAUUUACUGGUUUCCAUUGGAAAGAACGAAAGGCUACAACAGCAGUUUUUGGAAUAUGUGGAACUCGGACUGCAAGUGAGUGCUGGGCCUCUUCUAGGACUGCUGGAUACCGAUCCAUCGUUCAUGGAGUUGGCAUGGAAUUUUCUAAAGUCCCUCGCGGACAAUGUAUGGCAUAGUGACUACCAUAAAGUGAAAGUUCACAUCGAUGUCCGCAAAGCUAUAUUUCUGAAGUCCAAGCUUGACAUCACUCUUCCACUGAUGAAUGCUCUAUCACUACAUCUUCAAGAUAUCCUCGGAAGCAACAGGUGUUUGUUACUUGAAGGCGGUGAGGUGCUUUCCUCUGUCACUUCUGUUGACAGUAACGGUAGCAGUUUUUGGAAACGUUUACUUGUCUGCGACUUGAGCAUGUUGGUUAAGCAGAUCUCAAGGACUGAAUAUAGGAAUGAGCAGUUGUUACAAGUAUGGUUGCGAUCUACAAAAUCUAUAAUACCGCACUACAUUGACGUUAUGGUGUGUGACAGUGGCAAUGGCUUCAAAAUUGUUUGCCUUUUCGAGACCAAGCACGACACAUUGAUCAGAACGAUCACUGCAUUUUUAAUGCAAUUAGAUCGAAUCCAGUACUCGGAGGAUCUUAUGAGAGAAACGCGGGAGAUAGGACGAACUGUGGAAAGUAUUGCACAACAGCUGCUGUCGUUUUCGUCGAGCGUCACUUCUAAGAGAAACUCCGAAGGAGGCUAUCUUAAAAAUCCGGAAAGAACUGCUUACUUUUUCGAGUCGCUUUGGCAAAGAACUGAAGAUCUACUGCUAUCGUCGAGCGGCAGCUACACCUACGAUCCGCAUCGACCUAGGAGUUCCACUAAUAUCUCAAGUGCAUCGCAGAAAUCAGCGCUUUCGUCGAUGUCUCUGAAUUCUUCCUUACCUUCACAUGCAACGGGCAAGAAAUUCAAAUACUCUCUAAAAUGCGAAAUAACUGUGGAGUACUUCCGCCGACACGCUAUAACCAUUUUGCAAGAACUGUGUAUGGGCUAUCAUCGACUGAGUGCCCCUCAAAGGCUAGCCCAAUUUCGAAAAACCGUAUCGCGUGUUUUUGACAGGAAGGAGGGUUCCGCAUGGUCUGCCAUGCAGCUAGUGCUUUCGGCGGAGAACUGUGGCGUGCGACUCAACUUCAUGAGCCCUGUGAGCUUUGGACUGGACAUGGUGGCUUAUUCGGUUACACAUCCAGCAAAGUCCAUCUCAGUGACUUACACUCCAGAAUGGGUGAAAAAUGAUUUCGACGCUCCUACGAAGUUACCAAGUUGCAGUAGCUGCGUGAGCCUUGUUGAUAGGUCCGGGAAACGCUACAGUCUGGUGAAGGCUAAGAGGCAACGAAAGCCACACAUAUCCUGGGCAAAAAUGGUCAAAGGCUUUCGAAAAUACAUCAGAGGUGCCAAUGGAGAAUGUGAAAAUUACUUUUAUGCCAUCGCGCUGUUCGAGGAGGGGAUCAAUGGCGAACUUAUACAGAAGGAAAUGACAAAAUUAAUAGAAAUCGUCUCUUCAAAAAUUCGUGAUUACAAAAUUGAACAUAAAUCUGGCUUCAUGAUGACGAACGCAGAUAGCACACUUGGCUUUAUCUUAGAAAUAGAUGUGAAGAACGGAGAACGUUGGCAGAAGAAUCCUGUUCAAAAUUAUUUGGUAAAAGCUCCAAGUUACAAGAAAAUAACUGGAUUGAUCACAAAAGGUUGUAAUGGAUAA